CGUCGGGACGGACCCGAGUACCUCACGCAAGAUGGCGGAGCUGGAGGAGGUGACUCUGGACGGGAAGCCUCUUCAGGCGCUGCGGGUGACCGACCUGAAGGCCGCGCUGGAGCAGCGAGGCCUAGCCAAGAGCGGGCAGAAGAGUGCCCUGGUCAAGCGGCUCAAAGGGGCCCUAAUGCUAGAAAAUUUACAGAAACAUUCAACACCCCAUGCUGCAUUCCAGCCAAAUUCCCAGAUUGGCGAGGAAAUGAGCCAGAACAGUUUCAUAAAGCAGUAUCUGGAAAAGCAGCAGGAGCUACUUAGGCAGCGUUUGGAACGUGAAGCUCGUGAAGCUGCUGAACAUGAAGACGCUUCAGCAGAGUCUGAGGACGAGAUGAUCCAUCCCGAGGGAGUGGCUUCCCUGCUGCCUCCUGACUUUCAGAGCAGCCUGGAGCUCAGCAGACAUUCACCCAGAAAAAGCUCUAUUUCUGAAGAAAAGGGUGAAUCUGAUGAUGAGAAACGAAGGAAAGGAGAGCGACGCUCAACUAGGGUCAGACAGGCAAGAGCAGCUAAACUCUCUGAAUGCAGUCAGGCUGCUGAAGAGGAGGAAGAUCAGGAAACACCUUCCAGAAAUCUGAGGGUCAGAGCAGAUCGAAAUAUAAAAACUGAGGAGGACGAAGAGGAGGAAGAGGAAGAGGAAGAAGAGGAGGAAGAGGAGGAAGAUGAUGAUGAGGGACAAAAGUCUAGGGAUGCACCUGUCCUAAAACAGUUUAAAGUAGAAUCAGGGGGAGAAAUGCCCGGAGCAAAACCAGAAGAAGUGAUGGACGAGAAACCCCAAACUGUAAGAUCCCCGGAGCAGGAACUAUUAGAGCGAGGAGGUAGGGUGACAAGGUCCCAGGACGAGGCAAGAAGAAGUUAUCUGGCUAGACAUCCGCCAGAGAAAGAGAUGCAGACAGCUUCUCCCCCUGAGGAAGAAGGAAAGGAAACUAAACCUUCAAAAGACUUAGAGGGAAAACCCAAGUCUCCUUCUCCCCCUCGAUUGACAGAAGAUGUGGAGAAGGCCCUUCUGGUGCUGCCGCCGGAGCAUACUGCUGGUGAGGAGGAGGCGCCCCCACCUUUACUUACCAAGGAAGCUACUUCUCCACCAAAAACACAACUGCAGAGUGAAGAAGCAGAGCCCAUGGAAGGCCCAGCCCCCCCUGUUCUCACUCAGUUGUCGCCUCCUAAUGCAGAUGCUGAGGUUAGGGAGGUAUUACUAUCUCAGCACUCUGUCCAGGUGGUGGGAAGCCUGCCUCCUUUGUCAAGUCCUGCAGACACCAAAGCAGAAUCUUUAGUGAAGGAAAUGCCAGAGAGUGCCCUGCCUGCAGUACAGGCAAGCACACUGGCUGAAUCAACUCAGAAGAUAACUGAAACAGAGUCAGAAAAAUCUGCUCAGUCACUCUCUCUAAAUAUCGAGGAGUUAGCACCAACCAAAGGGGUCACUGAGGAAUCUUUGAAGCAGCCAUCUUUGGAACAGAAGGAAGGCCUGAGGGCUUCUCCUGCCCUUCUGCCUAGUCACGGAUUAAAACGGUCAGCCGACUCCUCCUCUAGCCGUUCCUCCUCCUCUUCCUCCUCCAGUUCUAGGUCAAGAUCUCGCUCUCCGGACAGCUCAGGCUCUCGGUCCCACUCACCUCCAAGAUCCCAGCAGAGAGAUGUAUCUCAACCACACAUUCUCACCAACCCUCAUGGUCGAUCCACAAUGGGUUCCAGAUCUACAUCUGAGUCCAGAUCACGUUCCCGAUCUCGUUCUCGUUCAGCCUCAAGUAACAGCAGAAAAUCUCUGAGUCCUGGAGUCUCCAGGGACAGCAGCACCAGCUACACUGAAACCAAAGAUCUCUCUUCUGGUCAGGAGGUUGUAACUCCACCAGUGCCACAAGUGCAGGUCCAUGAGCCAAAGGAGAGGACUUCCACUCCAUCCUCUCUCCGAGGGAGGCGUCUGAGCCAGCCUGAACCAGAGGAAAAGCGUGUCCUUCAGAGGUUACAGCCUGAAAGGGGUAGCCCAAAGAAGUGUGAAGCGGAAGAGGCAGAGCCACCAGCUGCCACACAGCCCCAAACCUCAGAGAUUCAGACCACUCACCUACCAGAAUCAGAAAGGACUCACCAUACUGUUGAGGAGAAGGAGGAAGUGACCAUGGACACAAGUGAAAACAGACCUGAAAGUGAGGUUCCAGAGCCCCCCGUGACGAUUGGAGACCAAGUCAGCAACGAUGACCGCCCAGAGGGCAGUGCCGAAGAUGAGGAGAAGAAAGAGAGUGCGCUGCCCAAAUCAUUCAAGAGGAAGAUCUCCGUUGUCUCAGCUACCAAGGGGGUGCCGGCUGGAAACAGUGACACAGAGGGGGGCCAGCCUGGUCGGAAGCGGCGUUGGGGAGCCAGCACAGCAACUACACAGAAGAAACCGUCCAUCAGCAUCACCACCGAGUCGCUCAAGAGCCUCAUCCCCGACAUCAAACCCCUGGCGGGGCAGGAGGCUGUUGUGGAUCUUCAUGCUGACGACUCCCGAAUCUCUGAGGAUGAGACGGAGCGUAAUGGCGACGAUGGGACCCAUGACAAAGGGCUGAAAAUAUGCCGGACUGUCACUCAGGUAGUGCCUGCUGAGGGCCAGGAGAAUGGGCAGAGGGAAGAGGAAGAAGAAGAGAAGGAGCCUGAAGCAGAGCCCCCUGCGCCACCCCAGGUUUCAGUAGAGGUGGCCCUUCCACCGCCUGUGGAGCACGAAGUCAAGAAAGUGACUUUAGGGGAUACCUUGACCCGAAGAUCCAUUAGCCAGCAGAAGUCUGGAGUCUCCAUCACCAUUGAUGAUCCAGUGAGAAUUGCUCAGGUGCCCUCCCCACCCCGGGGCAAGAUCAGUAACAUUGUCCACAUCUCCAAUUUGGUGCGCCCCUUCACUUUAGGCCAACUGAAGGAAUUGUUGGGACGAACGGGAACUCUGGUGGAAGAGGCCUUUUGGAUUGACAAGAUCAAAUCUCACUGCUUUGUAACGUACGCCACAGUAGAGGAAGCUGUUGCCACCCGCACGGCUCUACAUGGGGUCAAAUGGCCCCAGUCCAAUCCGAAAUUCCUUUGUGCUGACUAUGCCGAGCAAGAUGAGCUGGAUUAUCACCGGGGCCUCUUGGUGGACCGUCCCUCUGAAGCGAAGACAGAGGAGCAAGGUGUCCCACGGCCCCUGCAUCCCCCACCCCCACCCCCAGCCCAGCCACCACAGCAUCCCCGGGCAGAGCAGCGGGAGCAGGAGCGGGCAGUGAGGGAACAGUGGGCAGAGCGGGAACGGGAAAUGGAGCGGCGAGAGCGAACUCGAUCAGAACGUGAAUGGGAUCGGGACAAAGUUCGAGAAGGACCCCGUUCCCGAUCACGAUCCCGGGACCGACGCCGUAAGGAACGUGCAAAGUCUAAAGAAAAGAAGAGUGAGAAGAAAGAGAAAGCUCAGGAGGAGCCACCUGCCAAGCUGCUGGAUGACCUUUUCCGUAAGACCAAGGCUGCCCCCUGCAUCUACUGGCUCCCGCUGACCGACAGCCAGAUUGUUCAGAAGGAGGCUGAGCGGGCCGAGCGGGCCAAGGAGCGGGAGAAGCGGCGGAAGGAGCAAGAAGAAGAGGAGCAAAAGGAGCGGGAGAAGGAAGCAGAGCGGGAGCGGAACCGACAGCUGGAGCGGGAGAAGCGGAGGGAGCAUAGCCGGGAGAGGGACAGGGAAAGAGAUCGGGACAGGGAACGUGACAGGGGGGAUCGAGAUCGGGACAGGGAGCGGGACCGGGAACGAGGCCGGGAGAGGGACCGCAGAGACACCAAGCGUCACAGCCGGAGCCGGAGUCGGAGCACACCUGUGCGGGACCGGGGUGGGCGCCGCUAGCGGGGGACGCCAGGGUCAGCUGCAGGUGGCAGCCCCCCUGCCCCUGGGGUUCAGGGUCACAGAGGGUUAGGUACAAUCUCCACCCCCGGAACCAAGGGUCUCUACACCUUUUGCCCUGUGCUGAAGCACGGCUGCCUCCGGUCCUCCCCACGUUCCAAAUGGAGCAGUGGCCGUUUUUUCUCCUGCUUCCCUUAGCCUGUUUGGAGACUUGGCCCUCUCUGUCUCAUUUCUCAUUGUCCAGUGUGAGAAGGGGGGGCGGGUAAGUUGGGAGGAAGAUGGCUGGCCGAGUGGUGGGGGACAGCCAGGAGCUCCAAAUAUCUUUCAUCUUUCCUCUGUCCUGCUCACCUUGGUUACUCACAGCCUCUUGGGAACAGCCGGGGCCAGGACUGGGUCACCUAUGAGCUGAAUCAGCAUCUCCUCCUGAGUCCCGGGGCCGGCAGUUCCCAUUUCUUUGCCCUGCAGUCCUUGCCUCUUGUCCACAGGUUCCACUUUAUAUCCACCUUUUCCUUUGUUCAAUUUUUAUUUUUAUUUUUUUUAUUAUUAAAUGAUGUGGUCUAUGGAAAAUAAUAAAAAAUCUGACUUAGUUUUAA